GUUUAUAAAUACUGUUUAUUACACACAUAACAGUAUAAUUUGUGAUAUGGAAACGAUUAAAACAUAACUUUGGAUAUAUUGCUGUGAUUGUAAUAUAACCUUGUGAAUAUUGGCUGAGUGGUAUGGAUUGCAAUAUUCCUUACAAUAGAUUAAGAAUGUCUAACAUAAACUACACUACCCGUACUGAAGGGCAAACCAAAAUCAAUACAAUAAUAUGGACUGUGCCAAAUUUCAUUAAUCUGUUAGAAAAUAAAUCCACUAGAGAGUUUCGUACAGAAAAACCAAAAGAUCCCAACACAGAAAUAAGUGAUUGUAGGUUUCAAUUAAAAAUGCAAUUCUUGGGAAGAGAUAAUGAUAUAAUAGAAAUAUAUUACCUAUCUUCGACGCCAGUGUUUCUCAAAUCUAUAUUGACUAUAUGUCUGAAACGUUUUGAGGAACGUUCGAUCGUUAUAAAAGAGUAUCAUACUGUUCAAGCAAACAAGUGGCAGUACUUGGCCACUUUAUUCAAACGCGAUAUAGCGAGUUACGAGGGCCGUGAUAUAUUUCUUCUCAGUGAUGGUAGCUUGCGUCUUAAAUUCCAGUUUAUGGUCACAAAUGACAUUAAAGUUGAUAGAACGAAUGUACCUGAAGCCCAAUUGAGUAAUGACUUUGAAGAUCUUUUGAAUAAUGGUCUAUUUUCUGAUGUAACCAUGAAAUGUGCUGAAGGUGUUGAAUAUAAGGUACACAAAGCAGUACUGGCAAGCAGAAGUGCUGUACUGAAGGCACACUUUGAGCAUAAUACUGUGGAAUGCAUAACAAAUAUUGUAGAAUCACCGCUAGACUCUGAUGUGUUGCGGGAGGUCUUGAUGUUUAUAUACAGUGAUAAAGCUCCACGGGUGGAUGAAAUACCAGAGAAACUUUUAGCAGCCUCAGAUUACUAUCAACUGAGUAGACUGAAGAGCUUGUGUGAGGAAGCAUUGCAUAAGAAAUUGACAGUGGACAAUGCUAUUGAGACACUUCAACUAGCCGACUUGCAUUCUGCCAAGGCUCUCAAACAGUCAACAUUGGAAUUUAUAAAGGAUGGCCAAGCCAAGCUUAUAACCAAAACAAAGGGAUGGGCUGAUGUACAAUCUGUGGAUUUGAUCAAAAGAAUUUAUGAGUACAUAAUGGCAGAUGAACUAGAUCCAGAUUUGAAAUAGGUAGCCCUUUAUUUUAUCAGAACAUGUAUUUAUUUUAAAAA